ACUUGCACUGCAUGAAUUUAAGAAAGUGAACUGUGUAUUUCACAGUUCUAACAGUGCAACAUAAAAACAUGUUUCUCUGCGUGUCUCUGCUCAUCAUCUUUAUCCUCCAUUUGUCAGGAGGGAUGGAGAGCGGUAUAAUUGGUGGAAAAGAAGCUAAACCUCACUCCAGGCCCUACAUGGUGUCUUUUCAGCUUAACAAAGAACAUGAGUGUGGUGGGAUGCUCAUCAGAAAAGAUUAUGUGCUGACUUCAGCCCACUGUCUAGAUGACUAUGAUCCCUCUGGGAAAACCCGCCUGGACGUUGUGCUAGGGGCUCAUAAUAUCAGGAGGAAGGAGUCCAGUCAGCAGAGAAUUCGAGUGGAGAAGUGCAUCAAGCAUCCCUCAUACAAUAAGGGACAGAACAAACUGAGCUGUGAUGUCAUGUUACUGAAGCUACAGACUGACGCCAACCUGACUGAGUCUGUGGGGGUCAUUGCUCUUCCUAAAAAGAAUGAGAAGCUUCCCGUCAAUCAGGAGUGUUCUAUAGCAGGCUGGGGUAUGGAAGUGCCAAAUGAGGGAGAAGCAUCGAGUGUUCUGCGAGAGGUCACACUCAAGCUUCAGUUGAAGAAAUACUGCAAGACAAAAUGGCAGAAUCAUUUUGAUUCUAAACGCAUGAUCUGCACUGCCUCUGAUGGGAAAAGGGCUUUUUGUAAGGGUGAUUCAGGAAGUCCUCUUAUCUGUAAUAAUAAGCCUCAGGGAAUAGCUGCAUAUACGUACCCUGAUGACUGUCUAAACCGCGAUUUCCCAGAGGUGUACAUUGAGGUAGCCUACUUCUUAAAAUGGAUUAAGAAAGUAAUCAAGUCUGACUGAGAGUAUUAUAUGCUUGUACAACAGUAACCACACUCCAAUAAAUUACAUAUUGCAUGUCCAGAGCGUAUGUUCAUAUAUGGUAGGUAUAAAAAAAGUGCAUUCUGUCCACUGUAAGGUAAUCAAAUCUUUGAAUUUCACUUAUAUUAUUAAACAUACAUUUUACACUUUUCCUUGAAAAGCAUUGUCAAAGUGAGAAAAGCAGUACUAAACUUUCUUAAUACCAA